GUCAAGGGUCAGCGAGCGGAGGCGCGCCCAAGAUGGCGGCCUCCAUGGGCGACGUGUUCUCGUUCUGCGUGGGCGUGGCGGCCCGGGCCCGGGGAACCGUGGAAGUCCGUUUCGUGAGCAGCGCCAAGGGAAAGGGGCUGUUCGCCACCCAGCUGAUCCGGAAGGGGGAGACCAUCUUCGUGGAGCGGCCCCUGGUGGCCGCGCAGUUUCUGUGGAAUGCACUUUACCGCUAUCGAGCCUGUGACCACUGCCUGCGGGCCCUGGAGAAGGCCGAGGAGAACGCGCAGAGGCUGACGGGGAAACCUGGCCAGGUGCUGCCCCACCCCGAGCUGUGCCCGGUGCGCAAGGACCUCCACCAGCACUGCCCCCACUGCCAGGUGACUUACUGCAGUGCAGAGUGCCGGCUGGCGGCCGCCGAGCAGUACCACCAGGUCCUGUGCCCGGGCCCCUCCCAGGAUGACCCCCUGCAUCCUCUUAAUAAACUGCAGGAGGCCUGGAGGAGUGUUCACUACCCCCCUGAGACGGCCAGCAUCAUGUUGAUGGCCCGGAUGGUGGCCACCGUGAAGCAGGCUAAGGAUAAGGACCGUUGGAUCAGGCUGUUCUCCCAGUUCUGUAAUAAAACAGCCAAUGAGGAGGAAGAAAUUGUCCACAAACUCCUGGGGGACAAAUUUAAGGGCCAGCUGGAACUUCUGAGGAGACUGUUCACAGAGGCACUUUACGAGGAAGCGCUCAGUCAGUGGUUCACUCCAGAUGGAUUCCGCUCUCUCUUUGCUCUUGUUGGGACCAACGGCCAAGGAAUUGGGACCAGCUCCCUAAGCCAGUGGGUUCAUGCCUGUGAUGCUCUGGAGCUGAAACCGCAGGACCGUGAGAAGCUGGACACCUUCAUUGACCAGCUGUACAAGGACAUCGAGUCAGCCACGGGCGAGUUUCUUAACUGUGAAGGAUCUGGCCUGUUUGUGCUUCAGAGCUGCUGCAACCACAGCUGUGUCCCCAACGCAGAGACCUCCUUCCCCGAAAACAACUUCCUUUUGCACAUCACCGCCCUGGAGGAUAUUAAGCCAGGAGAGGAAAUCUGUAUCAGCUACUUGGACUGCUGUCAGCGGGAGCGCAGCCGCCACAGUCGCCAUAAGAUCCUCAGGGAGAAUUACCUGUUUGUCUGCUCCUGCCCCAAAUGCCUGGCAGAGGCAGAUGAGCCCAACGUGACCUCAGAGGAGGAGGAGGACGACGACGAGGAGGAGGAUGCCGAGCUGGGGGAUGAGAUGACCGAUGUGUGAUGGUGCCCAGGCCCUGCGGGGAGAGUGGUCUUCCCCCGGAGAGGUGGCUGGGAAGGAGCCCCCCUCUCCCGUUGCCUGCUUUCCUUCCUUCCAGCUCUGUUUCUGCCGGAGGGGAGGGCGGAGGCUGGCCUCAGGCCCCUUGCCCCCUGCCUGGCCUCAGGCCCCGGACAGUGCUGCUGGGCGUCAGGCUUGGAACCACCACUGAGCCUCUCAGAACCGCCCUCCAGCGCGGCUGCCCCGGAAGUGAGUCAGGGAACCCCGUCAGGGCCCAGCUGUGUUUCUUCCACCCAGGGCUUCUCCCUCUCCCCCUGCUGCUGAGGGCUGAUGGAGUGGCCACUCUGAGCAGCCUGGCCUCACUGGAGAAGGAAGGGGCCGGAGAAGGGGGUGGGGCACCCUCACUUACCUCCCGCCAUCAUAGCCGAAAAGGCAGCUGCUUUCCAGAGCACAGCUGUGAGGGCCAGAAAGGAGGAACUGGGGGUCCCGGGCACCUUCUAUACAGCUUUGUGCUGGGGGACGCGGGGCUAGCAGGGUGACCUCCCUCUUCCCACCCCCCCAUUCUCCUGUUUGGACAUCUGGGAGGUAGUGACGAACCCUGGUGCAGACUAGACUCUCUCGACUUCGUGCCUUCCCUCCGGCACAGUGACUGGCCCCUGAGGAUAUGGGAGAGGCCUUUGGGGGGUUCAUCUUCCCUUCCUCACAUCUGUCCCCAGUGCAUGGCUGAGAUAAGGAGACGGCAGGUCUGUGCUCCUCCACUCAGGCUGCUCCUUGGCCAGUUUCACAUGGCCCACAGUGGCUCUCCUGGGCUCGGAGACAGAUGAGCACUGACAGUCUCCCGGGAACCCGGGGGAGCUGGACCCGAGCCUCCGAGAUUAGCCUUGACUGUGCCCCUCUCCCCAGAUUAGCACUGUCCCUCAGUCUUUGCUGUGAGAGUUAUAACCUGUCAUUCAAAACUCCCCGCCUACCCUGCAAGCCUGCCACAUCCCCUCCAUGGGAGAUUCUGCCCCCGGAGCCCCCCUGCCUGUCUGGCCUGUGGGAUUCAUUCUUCUUUGCCGUGACCAGGUCCCCCUCCACCCCUGCCUGCCCACUGUUCUCAAUAAAACGUGAGUGGUGACAGGCCUCUGCAGAAA